ACUGUGUCAUGCCGCACUGACUGGGGAGGACAAUUAUUAGUAGGACCGGCUUGUGCUGCUGCUGCUGUCAGGCAGGUCAAAUAGUGAGAAAGAAACCAGAACGCCUCGGAAUCAUGGUUUGGUGCUGCCGGGUGCUGCUCAGGAAGUAUGGGAAUUUUGUAGACAACUUGAGAAUCUACGUUAAAGGUGGCACUGGUGGAAUGGGCCUGCCCCGUUUAGGAGGUCAAGGAGGCAAUGGAGGAGAUGUAUGUCUGCUGGCAAAAAAAGGAGUCACUUUGAAGAAUAUCAAAGACAAGUAUCCCCAUAAGCGUUUCAUUGGUGGGGUUGGAGUCAACAGUAGUGUGCGUGCACUGAAAGGCCUGGCAGGAGAGGUGUGUCAGGUGGAGGUUCCCCCGGGGAUUGUCAUAACAAAUGAGCAUGGAGUCAAAAUUGGGGAGCUUGAUAAGGAGGGAGACGAAAUCCGAGUAGCCAGGGGGGGUCAUGGUGGUAUUUUCAAGACAGAUUUCCUUCCAUCCAAAGGCCAGACAAGAGUAAUCCAUUUGGACUUGAAGCUUAUUUCAGAUGUUGGAUUAGUAGGGUUUCCCAAUGCAGGAAAAUCAUCUUUGCUCGGCAAAAUCUCCCAUGCCAAACCCCAGGUUGCAGAUUAUGCCUUCACAACGGUGAAACCAGAACUGGGUAAAAUCAUGUAUCCUGAUUAUAAGCAGGUUUCAGUUGCUGACCUCCCAGGUUUAAUUGAAGGGGCUCAUUACAAUAGAGGGAUGGGACACAAGUUUCUGAAGCACAUUGAAAGAACAAAGCAGCUCCUUUUUGUCGUGGACAUUGCAGGAUUCCAGCUCUCCGCCAUUACUCCGUGCAGAUCAGCCUUUGAAACUGUCCAGCUACUGAUCUUGGAGCUGCAGUUAUACAAGGAGGAGCUUCUAGACAAACCCGCCGUACUCGCAGUCAAUAAGAUGGACCUUCCCAAUGCAGACGAGAAAUUGGGGGAAUUAUUAAAGCAACUUGAAAAUCCCACAGGAAACCUGCAUUCUCUGCCAGAUGAGCUGGUCCCAGAGAGACAAAUAGAGUUUAAACACAUCGUUCCAGUUUCUGCUGCGACGGGUCAGGGACUGGAGGAUCUCAUUGGCUGUAUUCGGAAGACAAUAGAUGAACAGGCGGAUGUGCAAAUUCAAGAACUGGCUCAGGAGAGGCUUCAGAGUCUCCACAAAGAGACACCAAGGACUGUGAAAAGAAACUUUCAAACCUCCCCCCGGCACAAACACCACUGACUCCAGCCUAACGCACAAGUGUCAUGUUGUACAGUACACGCCCUCCAAUAAAGCUUUUGUAAAAGG